AUGGCACACCGUGUUGUGAAGUUAGAAGUUUUUUUGAAGAGAUGUAAAUCGCACAUGCAGUGUUCUGUGUCUGGAGGAAGGAUUAGUCCUAGUGUUUCCGAGGCUGAGCUAGCGAAUCCAAGCAAGGCCUUAGAAACAGAGAUUGCAACUCUGAGGAGCCGUCUAGAGAGGAGAAACGUUAAAAUAUCUAAAGUUUCAGAAUCAUACAUAAACUAUUUUGAGCAAUAUCAAGAGUACGAUCCCUUCCUGAGGACACCAGAACCUUCUAACCCCUGGAUAUCCGAUAGCCAAGACCUGUGGGAACUGGAAAAACAAACGAAAGAGGUGCACCCCAGGAGAGUUCGGAGGUGGGCUUUCUCUCUCCAGGAGUUGCUGAGAGACACGGCUGGAAGAGAACAGUUUGUCCGUUUUCUGGAAAAAGAAUUUAGCGCUGAAAACCUCAAAUUCUGGGAUGCUGUACAGGAACUAAAACAAGUGCAUUCAAAGGACGUACCUCUUAAAGUGGAAGAAACGUGGAAUGAGUUCCUGGCACCAGAUGCUAACUUUCCUAUUAACAUCGAUUCCAAAAGCUAUGAGCUUACCAAGAAGAACAUGGAAACCCCUGAUAGGUGGACUUUUGACGAGGCUGCUGCGCACUUAUACCAUUUAAUGAAAAACGACAGUUACCAAAGGUAUCUUCGCUCAGAUAUGUACAAGGAGUAUCUUAAUGGCACGAAGAAAAAG